AUGACUUCCCCCCUCACUGUAGUGGUGUUCACAGGGGUCCCAGGGUGUGCCAAGCUCCUGCUGAUACACGGGGCGGCCGUGGAGCUGCCGAGCGAGGCGGGAGGUGACACAGCCCUGCACGUGGCCGCCAGGCACCGUCUCUGCCCACACCACCAUGCCCACCUCUACCUGCGGCGCCGCGCCCGCGUCGACGCCCGCAACGCGCGCCAGGAGACGGCCCUGGGCGUGCUCUGCGGGCAGGCCCCGGCCCAGGACGACCAUUCCCUGCAGCUUUUCCAGCUACUGCUGGAUCACGGCGCUGAUGUGGAGGCGCGGGACGAGAGCUGGAGGCGGCCCUUGCACCGGGCCUGCGGGGCAGCCAACGACGGCGUGUCCCCGCUGGGCUGGGCCCUUCAGGCCGCUGCCUCCCGCUCCGAGCUGCGGCCACACCUCACCGUGCAGCUGCUGCUCAACCACGGAUCCCAGAGGAUUUGGCCCUCGGCCUUCAGCAAGGUGCUGAAAUCCUGUGCAGCCUUGCCAGAGGUCAUCGAGGUGCUCUUCAACUCCCAAAUCCCGGUGUCCCAGGAGUGGGCAGAGGCCGUGCCACGGGAGGUGUUCCAGACUUCACUUGGAUGGAGGAAAAACAAAAGGAAUAUUCCCUAG